GAAUUGGCAAAAAACUUGGUUAGCUGUUUCCAAAUUUCACGGCUUAUUUAAAACGUUUCACAAAAUUUACAAUCUUGACGCUGGUUUUGUAAUUUGUCAUUUUCCCCACAGACUGAAAAAAGCAGCAGCUUUCGGUUUUAGCAUCUUGAGUUGGUUUUCUUGGAAAUAUCCACAAGACUGAGCACUUCCCGAAAUGGCGCGGCGCUUCGAUACCCGUACAACUAUAUUCUCUCCGGAAGGGCGUCUGUACCAAGUGGAAUACGCCAUGGAAGCAAUCGGACACGCUGGCACAUGUCUCGGAGUGCAGGCCAUCGACGGAGUGGUUCUGGCCGGAGAGCGACCCACAACCAGCAAACUCCUUGAUGAGAGCGUCUUCAAGUCCGAAAAGAUUUAUAAACUGAACGAAGAUAUGGCGUGCAGCGUCGCGGGAAUCACAUCGGAUGCCAACGCUUUAAUAAAUCAUUUGCGGAUGGCAGCUCAGAGAUACGCUUUGAAUUAUGGAGAACCGAUCCCCUGCGAACAGUUAGUGGUCAACCUUUGCGAUCUCAAACAAGCCUACACACAGUACGGCGGCCAGCGGCCAUAUGGCGCUUCUUUCAUAUACAUGGGAUGGGACCGGCAUUAUGGUUUCCAGCUUUAUCAGUCAGACCCCAGCGGAAACUAUAGCGGAUGGAAAGCCACCUGUAUCGGGAAAAACGCUGCAACCGCGAUAGGCAUACUGAAACAAGAAUUCGAGCCAGAAUCCACUAAGCUUCCGGAUGCGGUGAAGUUGGCCGUCAAAGUCAUGCACAAAACGCUGGAUGUUACUAAGUUGACGGCUGAAAAGAUUGAAUUGGCAACCCUUACGAGAGCCAAUAACCGUACUGUCCUUCGAAUCUGGAGUAAUGAGGAGGUCGAUGUUAUCAUCAAGGAAGUGGACGCCGAAGAAGCUCGUCUUGAAGCAGAGAAGAAAGAGAAAGAAAAAACUAUUCCUCGCAAACCAGUACUAAAAUGAGUAAACACAAGCCUGUUUUUAUAACAUUUUGUCGGCCUACGAUGAUGUCUUACUGUGCUGACCAGAAUGUACAGUUCUUUCCGUCAUCGAACUCGAAGAUUACUAAUAGAUCAUCACGUUCACUAACGCUAACAAGUGCAAGUUGCGUCUCGGGUUGUGUUCAUGUUCCGUGAAAUAUCGUACAAGUGAUUUAAUAAAAUUUUCGAUUUUCAA